CUACGAGAGCUAUGAUAGCUAUGCUUUGCUUUUCACUAAAUACGGUGUCAUUGGUUUAACAAACAUCUUCUCGGGAACAAAGUGUAUGACGAACAGACGUUCCUUUAGAACUCCAAGAUGGAUUUUCAUAUUUCUAACUCGGUGAUACUUAUGUCCAUGUUGAUGAUGCCAAUGGCGUUAAUGUCCAUCCAAGAAAUGGAAGAUAGUACAUCCACUUCUAGCCCAUCCCAGAAAACUUGGCCAUUAACCGAUGCGAAUAAAAACCCGUCCGCAAUAUGUCAAGACUGUUAUACGAAGUGUGACAAGAUAAAAUGCAGUUUAAAGAUUAAGAAAAGUUAUAUUGGGGUAAAGUGUCCGAAGAAGAAUUUGAAUGUUUCUGAUGUUUGUCAGUCCUUCACCAAAGGGAAUAACAGCCAGCCAGUAUCAUGUCAAGACUGUUAUACGAAGUGUGAUGACGAGACAACGAAAUGCAGUUUAAAGAUUAAUAAAAGUUAUAUUGGGGUAAAGUGUCCGAAGAAGAAUUUCAAUGUUUCUGAUGUUUAUCAAUUAGUUUGUACUACCUACUGCUUAAAGGCAGUCAAGCAAGCAUCAUUCAAAUCAUCUACACAAUCUACAACGUCGUCAGUUAGCUACCGUGCACGGUCAUCUACGCCAUCGAGAACUGAAACAUCAACUGCCAGUACAUCGGUGACUUCUAUAUCAACACAUCGUACAACACCGGUGGCAACCAGUCACAGUUCACCUCUGUCUACAACAACGUACACAUCGACACCAGUACCCCAGGGCCUAGCUAGUGAGCCAUCAAAAAGUGCCGUGGUCGGUGGUGCUGUUGGAGCUGUGCUGGGUCUGGCUGUCAUCGUAGGUCUAGUUCUACUCGCGGUGUGGACAAUUCGACGAAGAAAUGCGAGACAUCACAAAGAUGGCACUCGGGAGUCAAGAGAAUACACGGGCGGACACGAUCAGACGCACGCUGAUGGGGUUGAGAACCAGACCUAUCAGAACGACUAUCAACAUCGACCAUACAUUAAAACCUACCCACUCGGGAUACCGGGCGACGACGGAAACACCCAAAACGAAUGCCCGACUCUAGUAUCAUGGCCACCUAUGGAUGAGAUGUACAACAAACUAGGGGAGGUAACUGACGAUGUGAGUGCGUCUCACAACGUUUACAACAGAAUCAACAUUUCCGGUGUGACGACGUCAACUGGAUCGCCUUGCCUAAAGUAACAACAACUGUCACCAACUCGUCGGAUACCGAAUAUAACACACUAAAAGUCGAUGAAAACAUUGCAGGCUAGGCUAGCACGCCCAAUGAGUAUUUUACCCUGGAAGACAGCACCGCAGCCGCUAUUAGAGAAACAGACGAAAUUCCUAAUGAGUAUUUUAUCCUGGAAGAUAACGCAGCAGGUGGCAUCAGGGACAGCAUAGCAGACAACUCUGAAAAUUAGUAUUUAACCCUGGAAAAGAACGUCGCAGCCACUAUUAGAGAUAGCAUAGCAGAGAAAAUUUAAAAUGAAC